GGGGAGUCGGCUCAUUGCCAUCCAAAUGAAUAAUAAAAAAGAAGAUCCAAUGCAGCUUUUGCUGAAGAGUAUAGCUAAGCAGGUGCUGAUGAUGGAAGUGUUAUCCUGUCUGUCCCAUGUUCUGGACACAUACCACCACAGCAGACCACUUCAACCAUUGUGGGACCACCUGAAGAUCAAAUAUUCUGAAACUAUGAGGUCUCCACUCUUCCCUGUAGUUCUUACUGUGUCUUGCUACAUUAUCUUUUGCAUCCCCUACCUGAUCUUCAACAUCAUGGGCAGAAGGUGGCCCUUUAUUCACAAGUAUAAGAUCCAGCAAGACAGGAAUCCAACUGGACCAAUGAUUUUCCAUUGCCUUGGAAUGACUCUGUACAACCACCUGUUCUUAAUUUUCCCAGCUGCUGUUGCCCAGUGGUAUUGGAGACCUCCAUGUCCUCUGCCAGAAGAGGCUCCAAGCAUUUUGGAUAUUGCAUUUGGUGUGAUGGGAAGCCUUCUACUUUUUGAUUUUCAGUACUUCAUUUGGCACAUGAUCCACCACAGAAAUCGAUGGUUAUAUAAGACAUUCCAUGCAAUUCAUCAUGAAUAUAUGGCACCAUUUGCCUUAGCUACACAGUGUCUUGGUGGUUGGGAACUGGUGACUGUUGGAUUCUGGACCACAUUAAAUCCUAUUAUCUUUAGAUGUCACCUUCUUACAACAUGGAUAUUCAUGGUAUUCCAUGUAUAUGUAUCUGUGGAGGAUCACUGCGGGUAUGAUUUUCCUUGGUCCACAUCACAUCUAAUGCCACUUGGUAUCUACGGAGGGCCAUUAAAACAUGAUGUGCACCAUCAGAAACCUAUGAGCAACUAUGCUCCUCACUUCACACACUGGGACAAAAUCUUUGGCACUCAUGCAGACUUUGCCUCUGUCAAGGGCAUACUGGAGCUUGACACCCCAAACAAAACCUGCUGUGCCAGCAAAGAAGAGGACAGUCUAUAUGAUGAAAGUGUCCCUCCAACAGACAGAGUUGCUGAAGAAAGGAACUUAUAAAGUACUUAACCAGCUGAAAUUGUUGCACAUCUCCCUAUUUUACUACUGUGCCCAUUGUUACAUUUUCAAAGAAUAUUGGUCCUAAGUCACCCUUACAAUGUAAAACAGAGAAGAUGUUAUAUUUUCUCCCAUAUCAUGAUUUAUGGUAAAAUACAUGUAUGAUAUGACAAAACCCAGAAGUGCCCCAUAUGUAUCUAUGGUAAGACACAUAAUGAGUUUGCUCAGUGACCCUUAUAUGUGAGAAGAUGUUGGCAGAGGUACCACUAAACAGAAUUAUGUUUAUGUUUCAGGUAUGGACAUGUAGUAUAUGCAGCAUAAUUGAUGAUACUACAAACAUUUCCUAGGUAUCCUUACACAAUUAAAUAGGGGUCUAAUAAUCACAUUUUUCAUCCAAGAGUCAGACAACUUUCAUCAAUGAUUUGCUUUUUAUUUUAUUUUUAUUCAAUUUAAUCUUCUGUAAAAAAAAUGAAGGAAUCUUAGGUGGACAGAUGAACCUUGUAUGAAAAUAUUCAUAAAUAGGCCAUAUAAUCUAAAUAACAAUAUAUACAUUUUAAAGGUGCUAAUCACAGGUGCCAACUAUCAAAAACAUUUUGAUGAAUAGAAAUGUGCUCUGUCACAUCACCCUAGUAACAAUGGCACUAUCCUUCAAUACAUAUGUGAUUUUUGCUAGACCAACCAACCAUGCUACCCAACAAGCAACUUGCAGUGUGGAUGGAAACUAAUAUCAGAAAAGCGUACCUACAUUGUAGUGCCGUUAAAAGAAUUUAAUACUAAAAGGUAAUAAAUGUGAUAGCGUGCAUUACCUUUUACGUGUAUAUAGGCUUAUAGAUGUAGUCAUGUGAGAAAAGCAGUGUGUACAAAAUCUAGAUGUACAAGAAAACCUCCUUUACUGCUUCUGCAAAUAUAUUGUUAUUAUUAUGACUAACUGCAAAAGUCUUUCUAGCACUGUGUGUUCUCUUUUAUUUCAAAUUAUACCUGCAACAGGUUAUUGGGACUCAUCUGCAGCUUUCCCACUUUGUCGUCUGUGGCACAUGUUAAGUCAAUAAAUUGGGAUAUUCCACCAAUAAAUGUGACAUAAACCUGCA